UUUUUCUUCUUCUUCUUCGCCCAAUUCCGAUCCGUGAAGUGAACUAAGAAGAGAAGAGUUUACGAAGAAUAUGCCAAAAUAGAGAAAAUUAUGAGAAUAGAGUAGGUAGUUUUUUUACUAGUAGUGAAGUAGUGUCAUUCGAAGAUAUACCGAUAUACAACACAAGACAUUAGUGUUAGUUGUGUCACCUGAAUCUAAAAGUGAGAAAUCUGUGUACAUAACCUUUAUGCGUGUUCCAUUCCAUGGUUUAUACUAUUUAAGAAUCAAGAUACAUUUUCUAAGUGACUGAAACUUAACACAGAUUGUACUGGGUUAUUUUGUUAUUUACUUAGCAUCAAUAUUUUUCAAAAUGACUUGGAUGGAGUUCAUAGGCUGUGCUGGAGUAGCUUACGGGCCUCCCCUUGCCAUGUUUAUUUUCACAAUAAUGUCUGACCCAAUUAGAAUUAUUAUUUUAAUUGCAAGUGCGUUCUUCUGGUUGGUAUCCUUAUUACUCUCAUCAUUUGUUUGGUUUCUGUUCCCUUUUAAGUCAUUGCUCAUUUUUGGAAUCGUAUGUUCUGUUUUGUUCCAAGAACUGUUUAGGUACUCAAUCUAUGUCCUCUUGAGGAAAGCAGAGGCUGGAUUAAAGAAAGUAACCAUUCCAAAUACCAAUACAGAAAUUGCCAAUAACAAACAUAUUUUGGCUUAUGUAGCAGGAUUGGGGUUUGGCAUCAUGAGUGGGGCCUUUUCUCUUAUAAAUAUUCUUGCAGAACUAGUUGGACCAGCUACUAUGGGUCUAAAAGGUGGACGGAACUAUUUUUGCCUUACAUCUGCAAUCAUGUCAAUGUGUUUCGUCCUUUUGCACACUUUCUGGGGUGUUAUUUUCUUUGCUGCCAUUGACAAGAAGAAAUAUCUCCAUAUUUCAUGGGUCAUCGGAAGUCACUUAUUUGUGUCAUGCCUCAGUUUGUUAACACAGUCAACGCUCUACUUUCCCAUCAUAUCAGCAGUAAUCAUCAUGAUACUCAAUGGAUACAUCGCAUUCGUUACUAGUGGUGGAUCUUGCCUCAAUUGUAAACGUGUGUGUCGGUGUAGUGACCAGAGGACAUUACAUUUUGAGCCGAGCACUUCAAGCACCUGAUCCUUCGAAUGUAAGGUCGCUGCAGAAGAAGCAAAAUUGGACUGAAUGUUUCAUUAUGUUCCUUGCCCUACAGUGGCUUUUGUAUCAUUAAAUGACGAUUGAUAAACUCAAAUUAGUUUUCUUAUAAAAAGUAGAAGUCUAGAUUCUUACAUUAUUAGUUUUCAAAAUGUCUACAAGUCGCUUAAGGUAUGUUAUAACUUGGACCUUUAUUUUGUUCUAAUAAUUUAACAGGCCCAUCUUUUUUUUAUCCUGUCAAGCUGAAAAUUUUUCUUGGCAAGUGAAAAGUGUGUUGGGCCUAAUCUCUAUUGUUCUCCUUUAUUAAUAUUUGAUUUGUUUAGGAAAAUAAUUAAUUAGGGUCUAACUUACUCAUAUAUUGUUGAAUAAAGUAUUAAGUUAAUCAUAAUACAUUUGCUUAAAUUAAUACAUAGUUUUUAUUCUUCAUGCUUUUUAGUUGCCCUAAAAAGGUCUAGCCUAACUUACUUAUUGACCACACAAUAGCCUAAAUACAACAGGAUCAUAAGUUAUACGUUAGGAGAGACAAAGAGAGCAUUGAUGGUUUCAUGAGUUAGGCCUAAUUGCAAGAUAUAAAAAGGAGUUAGCCUAGGAGAUGGGUGCAAAGUAGUGUAGUCUACUACUAGCUAACAAGUUACUUAUUUUUGUUUUUCAAGCAGUAAGUUACCAUUACUUAAGGUCACCUUAUUAAUUGAGGCUGAAGCUGCUAAAGGGGCCUAAGUCGAGAUGGGCCCUUAUCCUAAUCCCUACAUAUUAGUUUCGCUUUUUCACUUUCUUCUUAUGUCUAGUAUAAUCACUUGGAAUGGUGUUAUGCCUAUUUCAGUUUGUUUGAUUCGUAUGACUUUGAAAGUCAACUGGUGUCACUAGGCCCUUUGCCCUUUCAGCAUAGGCACGAGGGCUUAACUUAACACUGACAGCAGCCAUACACAACCUAACCAAGGCCUUUCGUGCAAAACAUAGGACAGGCCCUUUGAAAGGAGAAUCACUAUUUUGCUUCUUCGUGUCUUCUAUUGUAAUCUUUGAUAAUUUGGAAUGGUGUAUUUCAGUUUGUUUGGUUCGUGUACGACUCUUAAAGUCAGCUGGUGUCACACCCUUUAAGCAUAGACAUUGCCAAUGCAGACAGCCAAACAUAACCUAAACUUAACCGCUAUUAUCUCAAAACAUCAGUUUUUCAGAUAGGCCCAUUUAACUUAGGCCUACUCAGCAAAGUUUCCUAAAGUUCAAAUAAAGGAUAUAAACUUAACUAACUCUUGAAAAUGUUCUUUUGCUGGGGUUGACUGAAUCCUCAAGACAAUUAGGCCUAAUCCUUUAUUUAUUACACAAAAUAGCCUAAUACAUCACUAUUUCUACUGUUCAUUAUCUUAUCCGGAUAUAAAGUAACUUGUAUCGUUACUGUAAUAUCUACUUCUAAAUGGCCUAUAUACGCUUCUUGGUUAAACACAACCUUUCCCAUAACCUGAAUACAAAACUGUCUAAUCAGCUGAAAUCUGCCAUCUGUCAAAACUGUAUAAUUCACCUCUCGCUAUAUCUAAGGCUAUGCUUUUAUAAAUAGCAAUGACUUAGUGCUACCAAAUCGAUCAACUUAAGCCCUCUAACACAUAGCCUAGGCUAUAUGCUGGUUGCAAAAUUGAUAGUGCAACAAAGAAAAUAUAGUUUUGAAUCGAACAAAUAUGUAAAUGUUCUACUACAACCAUAAACUCUCUGCUGUUAGCAUGGUUAUUUUAAAGGGCAAAGCAAUUAAACUUUAUUAACACCAUGUAAAAAUAUACCAACCAAGUUAGUUGCAAUUUGUCUUAUUGGUAUUUCUUAAGGUGGAAAACUAGAUUAAAUGCCUGUCAAAAUUUAUCUGCACUGCACCACUUUCUUUAUACAAUGCAUUGCAGACAGGCAGGGACAUUAUAAUGUUGCUUGAAAAUUGGGUCAUGGAUGCAUUGCACUUUCAUUGUAGCCUAAAUACAUUAAUUUUAUUGCAAAUAAUGUAAAACACAUUUGGAUAGACUACUUAAAGUGCAUUCAAAUAUUAACUUGCGUCUGUUUAGUCGGGGUUUGCAAGUUCAAUAUCAAAAGCCUAGCCUAUUGUUAAGGCGACUGUUUUACAAUGUAGGUUAUUAGAUAAGAACUUGCCAAUUAAGGCAUAGCCUAUGAAUUGAUAAGUCAAAAUUGUUGUUAAACUUAGAGUUAUAUUUUAGCACAUUUGUUUUAUGACAAUUAAUCCUUAAGUUGUUUUAUAUUUAACAGUUUUGGCCUAAUUAACUGAUUUUUCAGUUUGGACAAUGAAAAAGAGUAGGCUAGACUGUUUCCUAACUUGUAAUAUCCUACAAAUUUAGUCAAAAUUGCAAGUUUAUUUAGGUUAAGCGAUGUUGAGAAAAAAAAAUUGAACCUUAAAAAAUAUUCAAUAUUCUACAAUGUACUUAUAAUAUUAACCCACAAUCGAUGAUUUGAACUAAACUAGUUAUCUGUUUGUAUUAAAAAUUGUGUAAUUUGUAAUCUUUAUUUAUAAA